AUGGACGCAGAACUCACCGCACAGCUCGUGCGUGUGCUACAGACAACGGGAAUAGCAGCUGUAGUCCUUGCGGCAUGGAUUUUUGUCCCCAAACUACAGCACAGGUACUACAUGAGCAAGUUGCCCAAGGUUACCGCAGGAGCGGCCUACGCGACCACUGCGGGUAAAAUCUACAAGGAAGGAUACAAACAAUACAAAGACCAAGCCUACACACUCGUCAAUGAUCAGGGCAAUGAAAACGUCAUUGUCCCUAUGCGCUUCCUCCCAGAGCUCCGAAACUUGGGCGACGAUGUCCUUAGCUUCUCAAAGGGAAUUACCGAUGAGAUGGAGAUCCGAUACACAAAACUAGUCGCUGAGAGUCAUACCGUUACUGACACCGUCAAGACAAAGCUCACUUCCUCACUACCUCGGUUGCACACAUCCAUUGCCGAUGAUGUCAAACUAGCCUUCCAAAUCUUUCUGCCUCCCUGUGACGACUGGACUGAAGUUAACAUCAACGAGAAAUUGGUCCCUAUUAUUGCUAAGGUCUCUGGUAGCGUCUUCGUCGGUCCCGAAAUCUCCAGCCAUCCUGACUACCUCGAUGCUGCCUGCAUGUACCCCGUGGAUUUGUUCAAUGUCGUCACCGCUGUCAAGAAGAUCAACCCAUGGUUGAAGCCCUUCCUGGCCCCACGCACCCCAGAGGUUCUUACCCUCCGUAAACGUGAGCAGCAAGCUAAGAAUGUCCUACGCCCCAUCAUCGAGCAGCGAAUUGCAGCCAAAGCCAAAGACCCCGAGUGGAAGGAGCCAGAAGACGUACUUCAAUGGAUCAUCAACAGGAGUAUUGGAAAGAUCUCUAUCGACGAGAUUGUCGGUGGCCAACUUACCUUGAUUUUUGCCGCUAUCCAUACUACCAGUACCACCGUCACCAACACCAUGUUCACCCUCGUCUCCAAGCCAGAAUACAUCAAGCCUCUCCAGGAAGAGAUCCGUCAAGCUAUCGCCGAAGAAGGUGGCGUCACUUACCGUGCAGUCCAAAAGAUGGAAAAGCUCGACAGCUUCAUGAAGGAGGUCCUCCGGUUCCACGGUCCUAGUCUCACUGGUAUGCUCCGUCGCGUGCUCAAGGGCGUAACUCUCUCCAACGGCCAAUACAUUCCCCCCGGCGUCAUGAUUGAAGUCCCCUCGCAAGCCAUCUACCACGACGACAAAUUCUACCCUGAUCCCGAAGUCUUCGACGGCUUCCGCUUCUACAAGGCGCGCUCAACCGGCAAGGCCGCAGACAUCGCCCGCAACCAAUUCAUCACCACCAACGAGGAAAACCUGACUUUCGGUCACGGUAGACACGCCUGCCCUGGUCGCUUCUUUGCUGCGCUUGAGAUUAAGAUGAUCAUGGCGCGUUUCUUGCUUGACUACGAUAUCAAGAUGCCGAAUGGCCAGACGGAAAGGCAUCCUCAGAUUGAGAUGGGUAGGAUAUCAAUUCCUUAUCCCGCGGGACAGCUUCUGUUCAAGAAGAGGGCGGCGGCUUAA